GGAGAAGUGUGACAGUAUCCUAUGAAUCCUAAACCAGAUGUUCGUUGAUGCAGAUCUUCCAAAGAAACACGAAACCAAACCCAAAAAGAAACCGCUGAAUGGGAAAAAGCACAACAUGAGAGGUAAAAUGAAAAACUGGCCUUUUGAGAAGAGCUGCUGGGAGCUGUGACAAACCAAGAGGAUUACUACACAGCUUCUGCAGAUUCUCAUCUAAGGUGUUGGCUCAGCCUUCCAGCAAGCAUAUGCUGAGGUGUGGGUGCAGCAGCCAAGGAUGGAAGUGCUACGCCGUUCCUCAGUCUUUGCUGCAGAGGUGAUGGAGGUUUUUGACAGGUCUCCCACUGACAAGGAGCUUGUGUCCCAAGCCAAGGCUCUCUGCAGAGACUACAUAAAUUCGAGGUUAAUUCGAGCAGGUGUCAGCUGGAGCAAACCUGAGUACAAUGCACCAGUGCCUGGCGGUAAGCUGGCCGAGGUGUCCACCAUACUGCUGCGACUAGGGGAUGAGCUGGAAUACAUUCGCCCCAACGUCUACCGGAAUAUUGCCCGCCAAUUGAACAUCUCACUGCACUCAGAAACAGUGGUGACAGACGCCUUCCUGGCAGUAGCUGCGCAGAUUUUCACCGCAGGCAUAACGUGGGGCAAGGUGGUGUCUCUCUAUGCUGUGGCAGCUGGGCUGGCAGUGGACUGUGUGCGGCAUGCACAGCCAGCCAUGGUUCACACCAUCGUAGACUGCCUAGGAGAGUUUGUCCGCAAGACCUUGGUGACAUGGCUGAAAAGGAGAGGAGGCUGGGCAGACAUCACAAAAUGUGUGGUGAAUACUGACCCCAGCCUUCGCUCCCACUGGCUUGUGGCUGCUGUUUGCAGCUUUGGUCACUUCCUCAAGGCUGUCUUCUUCGUCCUGCUGCCUGAGAGAUGAAUCCAAGUCGCCAAGUGC